GACCGAUAGUUAUAUACGUGUCUAGAAACGAACACCUGAGAACUACUCUCGGUAGUGUUACGUGUAGGAAUCAUGUGCGUGGUUAGUCGUGUGAUUUUAUUGAUGUGCUUGCUCCUACCGGUGCUGGGCCAUCAAAAUGUCAAUCCAAUGAACGCACAGAAGCAGCCGCAGCAUGCGCACGGUCGUAACCAGCCCGCCCAGCAACAACCGAUUGCAUCUAGACAGCACCCACCAACACGACUUGAUAGGCAACAUGUACAGGAUGCUAGCCAUAUCAAAGAGCACACAGAUAACGUCAUAGAGAAAGACCCAAAGGACAUGACUGAGCAGGAGUUGCAGUUUCAUUAUUUCAAACAACAUGACUUGGAUAACAACAAUCAGUUGGAUGGGUUGGAACUCGUUCAUGCACUCACUCAUUUUCACUCAGAUAACCCAAAUGAGGUACCACCUCCGUUUCCCGAAGAUGAACUCAUUGGUCUUAUAGACGACAUAUUGAGGGAAGAUGAUCUUAAUAACGAUGGCUUCAUUGACUAUAUGGAGUUCAUAAAGUCUCAAGCAAAUCAGCAGCAGCAGCAAGUUCAACAACAACAGCAGCCGGUACAACAACAGCAACAUCAGCAACAACAGCAGCCGGUACAACAACAGCAACAUCAGCAGCAACAGCAGCAACAACAUCAACCACAACAUCAGCAACAGCCACAUCAUUAACAGCAGGUGAAUCAAGGAAAGCUAACAGUGUAAAAGGUAAUGGAAAAUCUUAGAAAUUGGUUAUGUAGUGACCGCAGCUCUUCUAGUAUGGUUGGGCUUGCACGGGCUCUACACGCAUGCUACAUGAGGAGUAGGAAGGUGCUGAGAUAUGCUGGGUUUUAAAAAACAAGCUAUUUGAACCAUCUUUCUGAGAUGCAAGGGCAAACGCAUGCUAUUUCAGCCUGUCUUUGUCAUGCUUACUUAAGAAAAUAUCCAAGGUCAUCUAGACUUGCCUACAGGUGUCUCUAGUUGUUCUACCGUGUAUCCAUAUAUCCUAAUUCAUCUGAAGUGUUCGGCAUCUGGAUAUUUCACAGCUUUGUAUUAUUUUACACUUCCUGUCAGGCGCGAUGUCUUUUACUAGUUUUACAUGUACGCCACCAGUUUGGUAUAAUGUAAACUAGAACACACAGUUCUGUUUACGUACAUAUAGAUCUGAUAGCAACUGUUUUGCACCUGGCAAGCUUGUAAUUUUAUCUGCUCACAGUAGUUAAUGUUUUGUUACAGUGGAACUCGUUUAUGAAUUGUUAGCAAUACCAACUGGUUUAUGUUCACCAAUGUCUCACGUUGUAUACUUAGUUUCACUAAGGAACUUUAGUGUUCAUGUUGAGUUGUGGUAUAAAACACAACACAAAUUUAUAAAAGGCAGUUGACAACCAAAAAUAAAUCAAGGGAGUGAUUUCAGUUAUUUUUUAUGACAUAGUGUGUUGGACUUACGGAGGAACAUUUUUGUCAGAUUUGACCUAGAAUGAUUAUUUCUAUUAAAAAUGUAUUAAAAUUGGCAAACAUUUGCACAAUAUAUAAUCUCUACUGAUGUAAGAACAAUAGAGCUUUUAGUCCAAGAGGAGAAGUUUACAUUCUUUUAUUUUUUCGCAUUCUAGAAAGCACUGGAAGGUUGUAGCUAGCAAAGGCCGAGCAUAUUGUUGCCCAUGAUUUUUUAAGUUAUGCACUAAAAUUUCAAAUCACUUAAAACAAUUAAAGUGCUUAGAAUUUCAUUCCUUGUUUAAUAUGAAUCUCUCAGAGAUCGGCAAACUAGCUCUGUGAUCCAAGUUAGGAUAGUAGUUUAGCUAUGGAAGAACGCUUCAUUGUCGCAUUUUGUGGCACAUGCGUAUGUUGCCCGGCAAGGCUGUGCGAUUAGCAGGUGCUAGUGUGAACACACGUACUAUAAUUACGGUACAUGUACGUGUGUUACGCACGUAACUUGUUAGACGUCUCUUGGGAGACUGCUCAUUGUAUAAGUAAUAAGCUGUAUUAGAUAGCUAGAGCGAUACUCUUGCUUUCCUGUUUCGAUGAGCGGCGAAAGUGCCGUCGCAAUAUGUUUCCCGUCUCUCACACACUCUGCCCGCUCUACACUGCUUUGAGCUGAAAUUGUCUUCCGUCAUCCCCCGAGGCAAGUGACAUCGCCGGUGUCAUUUGAUGGGGGAAACAAUCCAAGCAAUGUCACCAAUACGUUUGCAGAUACUUGCAUCCGUGGAGUGGCUGUCAUAAUCGUCAUUUGCCGCACAGUGACAUUUUUACGACCCCCCACCACCCCUUUCUGCCGUACUGCUAUUGUAAUGGAGCUACUGUUACUGGGAAGGACGAAGAUACACGUGUUGUGUAUCUGGUUGAAAUUCGUCGGCGAAUUUACUGUGGUGUGCGUCGUCGCGCGCACCUGUUGUCACGAGGCGAAUUGAUGUCGUGAUUUACGUGUUGUUUGUCACACUCGCACUUGACAUUCAGCGCAGGCCCAUCCUUCGAGUUGUAGACAUAAUAGAUGGAUUAAUUGUGGUAAACCGACCCGCCGCCAAGGGAUUCGCGGAAAGUGCGUUUGAGAAUGCGGGAGGUAGGGCGGAAUUAAAUUGAUGAGGUGUCAAUGUAGCGUGCCGAGAAUAAGGCUUGGUCAAUGGAAACUAAUGGUGAGCUGGGUGGAAUAACGACAUCAAUGCUACGUCACGCAUGCAGCGACGGAAAUAGUGAUGUUUUCUAAAGUCUGUAUAUUUUGUACUGAUUAUACCCCCACCGUUCACGUUUUAUAAUAAACUGUUGCUAUGAUGACA